CCCGUUGGGUUGUUGAUCUUUCCUGGGAUUUUGCAAUCUUGUGGCAACAAAACAAGCUUUCGAGAGCUUUCAUCUACGCAGUAACUGCAGCUCUGCAGUUUUAACAAUGUUCCAGGCUGACGCAUUAUAGUCAGUGGGAGGGGGCUAAGGUUUCAUGCUCAUCUCCUCCUCCCUCUCCUCCACUCCGUCCCCCUGUAAUAUUCUGGCGUCUGUCAAUCACAUAAGUUUUUGGUCGAGCCUUGAAGAAAGCUGCCGUGUCUCUUCCAAGUCCUCACAUCACAAGCAAGCGCACUUGCCAGUAACCGGGCAAUCUCUGAGCUCCUACAGCUCCCUGGAGGCGAACAUCUUGAUCUCGACUGAUUUGCAAGGUGCUUGGUGAGGACACGGAACAUUGAAUGUUGUGUUAAGUACCAUCAGCAAGCGGAGCCUGGCUGAGCUCUGGGACAUUCGGUUACUGACGAUGUUCUGAGUAGUUUGAUUAGAGUCCACAUUUUACAGCGUCCACAGAAGUACUGCAAGCGAUCCUGUCAGUUAUCGAGCCCCAACAAUGCAGAGCCAGGAGACAGAGGUGCAGUACAGCCGAUGGAACGAGAACUCCCACGACCAAGUCACCAUCGGCAUCUCUCCAAUAGCUGCGUCAGGCUACAGAAAGAUCUACAAUAGGUUUUGCACCGGAAAAGUGGGCAUCGCCCUGAAGGUCCUCGGUGGAAUCAUCACGUUCUGGAUCAUCUUCAUGAUCGGCUACGUGACGGGCUACUACGUACACAGGUGCAAGUAGAAGACGAUAAACAAUUGCCCCCCCAUGCCCCCAGUGCACGACCCACCCUACAGUCUAACUAAUCCAAACUCUCUUAAGUCUGAUCAAAACCAAAGAUCUUUCGCAUUAUCAUUUCCAGAUCAGUUCCUCCAGACAUCCAACAAACUUCAGUGCUUACCCCAGCGAGUGUGUUUACAGUGAGCUUACAGAAGUCAGUCGGAGUCUUCCAGUUACAUUAAGAAACCGAGACGCAGAAAGCCCAAGCACUGCUUACCUGUCUUACAAACUCGUGCAGUCCCGUAGAGUAGUGGUUAGUGCGUUCGCCUCGCAAGCGAGAGGAC